AUGCCAUCAAGUAUAAACGGACCGUGGCUUUUUGCAUCGUUGUUGACAUGCCUCUACGUCUACCUGUGUCCAUGCACAAAGGUUGAAGAAAGCUUUAACAUCCAAGCGGUGCACGACCUUCUGUUCUACGGGACCAACAUCACGGAGUACGAUCAUCGCGAAUUUCCGGGAGUAGUACCUCGCAGUUUUAUCGGGGCUUUGGCACUGUGCCUCGUCUCCUACCCCUUCGUCGUGCUGACCGUCGCGCUUGGCCUUCCAAAAUUCUAUUCAUUGAUUCUAGUGCGUUCGGUGCUGGGGCUGACGGUUUGCGCAGCGUUCCGUAACUAUGCGACCGCAGUCGAACAUCUUUACGGACCUUCCGUGACCAGGUGGCUGUUCAUCGUCACCGUUACGCAGUUUCACUUCUUGUUUUAUGCUAGUCGCACGUUGCCCAAUACAUUUGCGCUCGUUUUAGUACUGGAAUCCCUUUCGGCGCUUCUUCGACGAAAAUACGAUUCGAGCAUCUUUGCUGCUGCUACCGCUGUUUUUAUAUUUCGAAGUGAAUUAGUGCUUCUGUUUACUCCGUUGUUUCUGUUCGAAAUCAUCUCCAGACAGUUGUCAGUUUUUCGGGCGUUGAAGGUUGGCGUACUGGCUGCCUUGUUUUGUUUAUCAGUGGUAAUCGAUUCAUUUUUCUGGGAGCGAUGUUUGUGGCCGGAAGGUGAAGUUUGGUGGUACAAUGUGGUGCUGAACAAGAGCAAGAUAUGGGGAACGAUGCCAUUCCUGUGGUACUUUUAUUCUGCUUUGCCGCGAAGUUUAGGCGUUCUGGUCUUGUUUGUGCCAUUAGGAUUGUGGAUUAACAGAAGUCUACUGAAGUUGGUGCUCGCCGCAGUCGUUUUCGUUUCCUUGUAUUCUUUUCUGCCUCACAAGGAACUACGUUUCAUUAUUUAUACGGUGCCGAUUUUCAAUCUAGCUUGUGCUUGCGCUGCUUCGGCGCUAACAAUGACCGUGCAUAAAGCCGUUCUGUUCCUCGCUCUGAUUGUCAAUUGCUUGAUGACCCUGUGUUUUCUGUUCGCAUCAUACCACAACUAUCCAGGAGGAUCGGCUUUGCGAGAGUUGCAUUUUUUACAGCGGUUUAACAAUCUGGUGAAGAUCCAUAUUGAUGUCUACUGCGCUGAGACCGGCGUAUCCAGGUUUCUGCAGCAGAACGACAAAUGGCAUGUUCAUGAACAACUUCUACGCAGAUACCUGCCAAGAAGGUAG